CUGCGCCUGCCGCCCCUACCUGCUGCGCGGAGCCCAGCGCAACCGGCUUUGUUCGCUUUGUCUGCCGAGAAGGUCACCAUCCCGGGAGCGCGCCCGCCCCCCUCGCCGCAUCAGCUUUGACAACAUGCCUCCGUUUCUGUGUCUGCCAGCUGUCUGCAUUCUCCUCUUCUACACAGUGUCCCCGUCCAUCUCUCUUCAAGAAUUCUCUGUGAGCAAGGAGACCAUCGGGAAGAUUGCAGUGGCCAGCAAAUUGAUGUGGUGCUCGGCAGCGGUCGACAUCCUGUUCCUGCUAGAUGGCUCUCACAGUGUCGGGAAAGGGAGCUUCGAGAGAUCCAAGCGCUUUGCCAUGGCCGCCUGUGACGCUCUGGACAUCAGCCCCGGGAGGGUCAGGGUGGGAGCCUUGCAGUUUGGUUCCACUCCUCGUCUGGAAUUCCCCUUGGACUCCUUUUCUACCCGACAGGAAGUGAAGGCAAACAUCAAGGGAAUAGCUUUCAAAGGUGGACGCACAGAGACAGGCCUUGCUCUGAAGAGCCUGCACAGAGGGUUCCCGGGAGGCAGACAUGGUGCUGUGCCCCAGCUCCUCAUCAUUGUCACGGAUGGCAAGUCCCAGGGGCCCGUGGCUCUGCCUGCUAAGCAGCUGAAAGAGCAGGGCAUCGUUGUGUUCGCUGUAGGAGUCCGCUUCCCCAGGUGGGACGAGCUGUUCACCCUGGCCAGUGAGCCAAAGGAGCAGCACGUGCUGUUUGCUGAGCAAGUGGAGGAUGCCACCAACGGCCUCCUCAGCACCCUGAGCGCCUCAGCGCUCUGCACCUCUGCUGAUCCAGAUUGCAGGGUGGAAGCUCACCCCUGUGAGCGCAAGACACUGGAGACCAUCAGGGAACUGGCUGGCCAUGCCCUGUGCUGGAGGGGGUCGAGGCAGGCGGAUGCUGUGCUGGCUGUGCGCUGUCCCUUCUACAGCUGGAAGAGAGUGUUCCAGACACACCCCGGCACCUGCUACAGAACCAUCUGUCCAGGCCCCUGUGACUCCCAGCCCUGCCAAAACGGAGGUACAUGCAUUCCAGAAGGUGUGGAUAGGUACCACUGCCUCUGCCCGCUGGCAUUUGGAGGGGAGGUCAACUGUGCCCCGAAGCUGAGCCUGGAAUGCCGGAUUGACAUCCUCUUCCUGCUGGACAGUUCUGCGGGCACCACCCUGGAGGGCUUCCUGCGGGCCAAGGCUUUUGUGAAGCACUUCAUGCAAGCUGUGCUGAGUGAGGACUCUCGUGCCCGUGUUGGGGUGGCCAGUUACAGCAGGGACCUGAUAGUGGCCGUGCCUGUCGGGGAGUACCAGGAUGUGCCAGACCUGGUCAGGAGCCUUGACAGCAUCCCCUUCCGUGGCGGCCCAACGCUGACCGGCAGUGCCCUGCUGCAGGUGUCGGAGCAUGGCUUUGGAAGUGCCAGCAAGACAGGCCAGGACAGGCCACGCAGAGUUGUGGUUCUGCUCACCGAGUCACACUCCCAUGAUGAGGUGGCCGGGCUGGCAGAUCACGCAAGGGCCCGGGAGCUGCUCCUCCUGGGCGUGGGCAGUGAGAUAGUGCAGGCAGAGCUGGAGGAGAUAACUGGCAGCUCAAAGAAUGUGAUCGUCUACACGGACCCUCAGGACCUAUUCAGCCAGAUCCCGGAGCUGCAGAGGAGGCUGUGCAGCCAGCCACGACCAGGCUGCCAAGUGCAGUCACUGGACCUGGUGUUCCUGCUGGAUGCCUCUGCCUCCGUGGGACCUGAGAACUUCGCGCAGAUGCAGGCAUUCAUCAGGAAAUGCACCCUCCGCUUUGAUGUGAACCCUGAUGUGACACAGGUGGGCCUGGUGGUCUAUGGCAGCCAGGUGCAGACAGCCUUUGGACUGGACACCCUUUCCACCCGUGCCGCCGUGUUGCGGGUCAUGAGCCAGGCUCCCUACCUAGGGGGUGUGGGGUCUGCUGGCACAGCCCUGCUGCACAUCAACGACAAGGUGAUGACUGUCCAGAGGGGCGCCCGCCCUGGGGUCCCCAAGGCUGUGGUGAUGAUCACAGGCGGGAGCGGGGCGGAAGAUGCAGCUGUCCCUGCCCAGAAGCUGAGAAGCAAUGGCAUCUCCGUCUUGGUUGUGAGCGUGGGGGCUGUCGUCAGGGAGGCUGUGCGGAGGCUCGCUGGUCCCCGGGACUCCCUGAUCCAUGUGGCAGCUUACGCAGACCUACGGUACCAUCAGGACGCACUCACUGAGUGGAUAUGUAGAGAAGCCAAGCGGCCAGUCAACCUCUGCAAACCCAGCCCAUGUAUGAAUGAAGGCACCUGUGUCAUGAAGAACGGCAGUUACCGCUGCAAGUGCCGGGGUGGCUGGGGAGGCCCCCACUGUGAGAACCGUAUCUUGAGAGGCGAUGCUCCCAUGGCAGAGCCCACAGGAAGACAGCAGCCAACCCCCUCCCAGCAAGCUCCCGGGCAUCUCAGAAUCUGAAAGACACUGUCUAAGGCCCAGUGUACCUCCUGGGGUCCUGGAACAGCUGCUUCCAGCUCUAAGCAGUGCUGUCCUGCCCCCAAGCCUCUGCCACAGAGAACUGUGCUGCUUGGGACGUUGGAAACUCCUAACGUGUCAGUAUUUAUGUCCUGUAUCUGCUGGUCACUUUUCUAGAGGAUAAGAAAGAGGUCAGGGGAAUUUGAUGGCCUGUUUGGGGGUCAUUUUGACCAUCGCAAAUGCUAGACAGAAUUCUGAAAAGGUUGCAGUGCCCAGAGGAAGGCGUCCGACAGAGUAUACCAUGCAGCAAUGGUGUUGACACAAAAUGUGGGCUUCUCCAUUUUCCAAAGAUAGCUCAUGGAUUUAGCUUGAAAAAGGAUUUUGUGGCAUUUGUGACUUUUUCUGGUGAUCAGAUCUGCAUGUGGGAAAGACAUUAGGAAGGUCUCAGACAGCAAUCUGACCAACUAACCAGUCUGAGUAUACAGAGGGGGCAUAGUGUACAGACAGCUCUGGUCUCCAUGUGUGGUUGGCCUGGGUGCUACGCAGGAAGACCUCCAGGGGGUUUCCUUUCAGAGAUUAUUAGAGAGGUGAGUGGUAUGGGGGUCCUCUUUUUAGUGAAUGAAGGGCAGACUUCACAAACUCGGUCAGCCAUUAAGGAGUGAAGGGGUAACGAGGAGGUUCUCUUUGAAAGCUUAUUGGAUUGCUUUGUCUUACAUGCUUCUCCCACUCAGUCUGUUGAGGAGCUUUUCACGAGAAAUCAGCCAUUGGUGUAUCCGCAGUAAUUGUAUCUGUGUGGCCAAGAGGACUCUUUGAGCACCUAACUCUGCAGCGCUAAUGUGUGUUCCUCCCCUGCUUGCGUGUGCUGUUGGGAGCUGGGCUGUCGGCAGCAGCACGGAGAGCUCUGAAGCUGCAGACAGCCUUUGAGAAGCAUGGGUAAUGUCAUGAUGGGACACGUAUGACGUAUGUUCCCACUAUGAGAGGUCCCCACCAUUACAGGUGUAGAGAACCUUGUCGGGGUUCUGUGCGCCAAGUCUGUCUGGCCGAGACGCUACUUCUCUCUCCACAUUUAGACUGCGGAUACGGACAGUUCCAUAUUGUUACAUUUCAAUCAUUGAACCGAUCUUCUGGCUCCUUGGAUAAGGUCUGGUUUGCAGUAUGUAGACAUUUUUCUAUCGGAGCAGUGCUAACUUUCAUCCUGUUGCAUCCAUGAUCUUUUCCGCAGUGUCUGUAUUUAAGGCUUCUCUGUCCAUUCCGCUUUUCCGUCUGCUUCGGUAGCAAGGUUCAAGGAGUCAGAAUUUUGUCUUGUUGAUUUUUAAGUAGAAAAUAAAUACAUUUAUGCUCUAAAUUUCCUUAAUCAUUGCAUAGGCAGCCUUUUACAUAUUGGUAUGUUUCUUCUCCCCAAGAGUUUCCUGUUUAACAUCCAGAGGUUUGGUUUCCAAUUGUAUGCAUGACAUUAGCUUCCUGAGGCAUUUCCUGUGUAUUUGGUACCUUAUCAAUUAUACAGUAAUUAACUCAGCACUUGAUUAAGGAUCCUUAUUGCUAGGCUACCCCUUGUGGCUCGGCCAGUUUUUACAGUUUAUAUUUAAAUUCAUUGUGUAAAUAAUCAAGACUUUUGCCCCGGGUCAUGCCAUGAAAUACAAGGGAAACCCAAAAUACAAUGAACAUUUUAUUUAAAAAAUCUAACUCACCACUUGGUAAAGGUCACCAAGUGUUUAUUUCACAGGAAAUAAAUGCCCUGGGAUUAGAAAGACAUUAUGCAUAAAAAAUAUUUAGCCUUCAGAAACCAGUGUUCGA